GCUAGUUUGCUCUGUUAGUCGCGUUUUCCUUAGCUACCACGCUGUUUUUGUCAUUUUGUCAUUUUGCGUUUUGUUUAUUUUUAUUUCGGCUUUUACUUUUAAUUACAAGAAUGUGUUGUUUUUAUUUUCGCUACUGUUUUCAAUAUCUGUUAUUUAUUAUUUUUACGUGGAAAUGUUGCUUAUUUAUCGGACGCUUCUGCUAGCUAGGAUAAAAUAUGAAACUAAGUAUGAAUUUGGUAAUUGCGAUGUUGUGCUUGUUAAAUCAAAUAUAAGAGCCCGAAUGCCGAGAUUGUUCAAAGACGAAUUCUGGAAGUUUGUUGUAGCACCAUAAAUUCAAGAAACCAAAUACAAAAAGGAAGAUAUAAAAUAAGAAUAAGAAAAAUUUGAAAAAAUCGCGUUUUUGUUAGUUUGUUUAGUCUAUUGUUUUUGUUGCUGUUAACUGUUAUUUUAAAUUACUCGUAAAAGUGGCUGUCCGUUAUUUGGAGACAAGAUGAGUUUCAGCGGACCAAGCGGACCACGUGACAACGUGCGAAAGUUAUCGUUCCUCGGCUUCAAUACAAAAAAGUCCACCGGGAAUGAGGAUCCAAACGAGGUAUUCUUGGAUUCGGAAAUGGAAAAAGUUUUCGCCGGUCCAAGUGCGCACAAGGAAAAGUUCGAUGUAACGACAUUUCAGGACGCGAAUCAGCCAAUUGGUUCGUAUAAGCAGAGUAAUGUGCAUCGUAAAAGUGAACUCAAUAUUGAAGAGGAUUCUGAAUAUGAAAGUACAACUGAUCCCGUUAAUCCACAAAAUUAUGAUGAUAUACCCGAAGACUAUCCAUUAGUAUCCGAACGGGCCGGACACGGCGAUCAUUCGGAUAACUCCGCUGAGGAGAAGCAAGUGCAUUUUGGCAAAAAAAAGGCUGUAGUAUCCCCGCCCACUUUAGUCUACGAUGAACAACCCGCUGACAAUAUACACGAACGUAAACGACGAAGAAGCCGCCAUCAGUAUUAUAGACAACGUAAAUUUUCCCAUCAAGACAGCGUGGAAAACAAAAAAGUGGUCGAGGAAAAUGGCGAGGCCGGUGUCCGCAAGGUAUCCGUGCAACCGGAGGAUUCCACAUUAGAGGAGGCUGAUCUCAAUGAGUUGAGAUCCCAUCGUUCGGAUGAUCCACGUGCGCUUAGGCGUCACAAAAUCCAUCAUUCAUCAAUAAAAUUACGCGAGCUGCCGCAAAUCACUGUGGCGGGCUUGCAACUGAAGAAGGUCUACGACCAUAGUCCGCAUGAGAUUUUCGUACAACUCGAUGAACUGACGGGUAUUGGUGAAGAUCGCGAAUGGAAAGAGACUGCACGUUGGAUCAAGUAUGAAGAGGAUGUUCAGGAAGGUUCCGAUCGUUGGGGCAAACCGCAUGUUGCCUCACUAUCCUUUCACUCGUUGCUCAAUUUGCGUCGCUGUCUCGAGACGGGCGUAGUGUUGCUCGAUUUGAAUGAAAAGGAUCUGCCAGCGGUCGCAUAUCGCGUUGUCGAGCAGAUGGUUGUCGAAGAUCUAAUUAAUGCCGAAGAUAAGCCGGCGCUUAUGCGGUCAUUGUUAUUGCGCCACCGACACGUGAAUGAACACCAAAGCGGCUUUCCGUUUACGAAACGGAAAUAUAGCAGCUACACCAGCUUACAGUUGCUUUGGAUGGGUGGCGAGAUUCAACAGCAAUUUCAGCAACAACAACAACAACAUCUCAUCAAUGUUGAGAAUGCCAAAAAGCGUCGUUCCGUUUGUGAAACUCUAAGUGCACCACCUACAUCCAUAUCACUUUGCAUCGAACCAGGCAGUAACACCAAUCGACGGCACUCCACUUUGUCGUAUUUGGGAAAUCUAACUGGAGAAGACAAGCGGCCCAAGAUAAUGCCGGCUAGCGAAAUUGGCGGCAGCAAGCGUAGUAAUGAUUUAAAAAUUGAUAUCAGGGACGAUAUGUAUUCGUCGUCGCAGGAGAAUCUACAGAAGCUGCAAAAUGAUAGUAUUCUCAAGCGUAUACCCGUGGGCGCUGAAGCGACGACUGUAUUGGUCGGUGCUGUAGAUUUUCUUCAGCAGCCAACAAUUGCGUUUGUACGUCUCGCCGAAGGUGUGUUUAUGCCCACUUUGACCGAGGUAGCUGUGCCAGUGCGUUUUAUGUUCAUACUCAUGGGUCCACGAACGCUCGAUUUGGACUACCAUGAAGUGGGCCGCUCUAUUGCCACUCUAAUGGCGAACGAACCGUUCCAUGCAAUCGCAUAUAAGGCAGACGAUCGCAAAGAUCUGCUUUCAGCUAUCAACGAAUUCUUGGAUGAUUCAAUUGUAUUGCCACCGGGUAAUUGGGAGCGUCAAGAUCUUUUGCCAUUUGAGGAAUUGAAAGCAAAAAAGGACUGGAUUCGUUCACGCAAGCGCAAGGCAUUGGAGGUAAAGAAUGAACUGAAGGAGAAGAUAAAGCAAGAAGCUAAAAUAAUUGUUGAAAAGAAACCGGAAUUAGAUAUUCUUGAUGGCAAGAAAAAAAUCAAUCCGCUCGAAAAAACACACAAGUGGUGGGGUGGCCUACGUAAUGAUCUCAAGCGUCGUCUGCCCAUGUAUAAGAGCGAUAUUACCGAUGGUCUGAAUUCGCAAACGUUAGCCGCUACUAUCUUUAUGUACUUUGCCUGCCUCUCGACAGCCAUCACUUUCGGCGGUCUAGCCUCCGAAAAGACGGGCAAUCUAAUUGGUAUUUCGGAGACAUUAUUGAGCACGGCACUUUGUGGUAUAAUUUUCCAUACGAUCUCCGGUCAACCACUCGGUAUUAUAGGCACCACUGGUCCACUGUUACUUUUCGACGAAGCGUUGAUUAACUUUUGCCGCGAGAAUAAUUUGCCCUUUCUGACGAUCCGCGCUUACAUUGGCGUUUGGUUGGCCAUCAUUGCCACAACUUUGUCUGCAUUCGAAUGCAGCGUUUACGUGCGCCUGUUUACGCGUUUCACCCAGGAAAUCUUCUCAGCAUUGAUCACAUUAAUCUAUAUCUAUGAGACGUUGAUGAAAUUGGUAUCUGUGUAUAAGAAGAAUCCACUAUUGGCCGACUAUAAUUUCCCGCCAGCAACGUUCGCACCACAACUGCAGAGCUUCGACAACACUACUACGGAUAAUUUCGGUAAUGUGACCGCCGAUGUGUCGAUAUCAAACACAACCUCCAGCAUUGGCUUAAUUUCGAACAUUGUAUCCCACACAAAUAUGCCAAACACAGCACUCUUCUGCACGAUACUCACCUUGGGCACCUUCACUAUCGCCUACUAUUUGAAACUCUUCCGUAACUCCCAUUUCCUGGGACGAAAUGCUCGCCGUGCGCUGGGUGACUUUGGUGUACCGAUUGCUAUAGCAAUUUUUGUAUUAAUUGACUAUCUGAUACCUCAAGUGCACACGGAUAAACUCAGCGUGCCAGAGGGUAUUUCACCCAGCGAUCCGGAAGUGCGCGGUUGGUUGGUGCCUCUGGGUGGCAUGCCCGUUUGGGCACCAUUUGCAUGUGGUAUACCAGCUAUUUUGGUGUACAUUCUCAUCUUCAUGGAGUCGCACAUUUCCGAGUUGAUUGUCGAUAAACCAGAGCGUGGGCUGAAGAAAGGCUCAGGACUGCAUUUGGAUAUUGUGAUAUUAGGUUUUUUGAAUACAUGUUGCGGUCUGUUUGGUACCCCAUGGCAUUGCGCAGCCACGGUACGUUCAGUAACGCACGUAUCUGCGCUAACUGUUAUGUCAAGGACCCACGCCCCUGGUGAAUCGCCGCGUAUUAUUGAUGUUAAAGAGCAGCGUGUGUCCGGCUUCUUUGUGUCGCUCAUGAUUGGAUUGUCCGUAACAAUGGCACCGUUGUUGCGUUUGGUGCCUAUGGCAGUAUUGUUUGGCGUAUUUCUGUACAUGGGUAUCGCUUCGAUGAGUGGCGUACAGUUCUUCGAAAGAAUGAGACUAUAUUUCAUGCCGGUAAAACAUUAUCCACCCACACCGUAUGUAAAACGUGUGCCCACCUGGAAAAUGCACAUGUUCACCACCAUACAAUUGCUUUGUCUGACAUUACUCUGGGCUGUGAAAUCCUCCAAAAUAUCAUUGGCCUUCCCAUUUUUCCUAAUCCUGAUGGUACCGAUAAGACAGCGACUUGUGAUGCUCUAUACACCCGAACAACUGCAAGCGCUCGAUGGCAGUGAAGUCAAGGAUGAGGAUGAACCUGAUUUCUAUGUAGAAGCUACUAUUCCCGCUUAAAAGUAAUAUAAAUACUUUCCCUUCAAAUGGGCAUAUUUGUAAUUAAAGGAAUUGCCUGUACUUAAGCAUAAACUUAUAUACUUAAGUGCUCUAUAUUAUUUCAUGUAUUGUUCAUAACGGUAUUUUUUUGUUUGUUUUUAAUUAGAUGUAUAUAUAUACAAGUAUAUUUUUGAAGCUUUUUGCUAAAAAUGUAGUUAAAUUUGUUUUAUCACCUAAAGAUGAUGUAAAAUGAUUCCAUUAUAAAAAUGUUUGAAUAAGUAAAUGAAACAAUGUAUUUUUCUAUCCACCAAAAACAAAAGAACGAACCUAUAAAAUUACUUAAGUCAAAACAAACAAAAAUAAAUCUAUAUGUAUAUUUUAAAAUUAAAACAAAAAAAAAACAAAAACAGUUUUACUACGUGAAAUAUGUACCAUUUACUACGUAUUUCACGAUGGAAGUAUUAAAAAGUGUAACAAUUAAUAGUAACUAUGUAGUUUAUAGUUGAGAGUAUUGCAAUUUUUGUAGUUUUUAGUAUAGAAAUUUUAAUUAAAUUAUUGUCACAAAACGGCCAGGCAACCAGAAAGGAAGAUGGCCCGAGCUAAACUUAAAAGAAAGGAAAACUCGACAAAUAGCUAAUUAUUAUUGAAAUGCACUUGUAACUUAAUGAGAGAAUACAGUGGUACAUAUAUAUACAAGUUGGCGCAAAAUUAAUCAUCAAUUUCGUUUAUGACUAACUUUUUUACUAAUAUACAAUAAAAAAAAAACAGAUUUUAAGUAAUUAAAAUCUUUAUGUUGACUUUUACGCGCUCCAUUGUUUGUAUGUUUUUAUACUGCAGCUGUCUAGUGCGUAAAUGUCGUCAAAUAUGAUUUUAUAACCACCUUGUAUAUUCCUUUAAACGCAACUGAUUCAUUUUAAAGUUGAUUAAGUCAAAAAUAAAAUCUUUAACAUUUGGCAACUUUUAAUAUAGAAACGUCAUGUUUGAGUUAAUGGUUCUUGCCAUAAAACCUAAAUUUUUUAAAAUCAAGAAAAUUUUAAACUAUUUUUUUUACAUUUAGAGGGUAGGCUGGUUGUCUUUCACUCCAUUAAAAUAAUAACUCAGUAGUUAUUACCUAUGUAUUUCGAGAAGGUACGACAAAUGUUUAGAUGAAAAUAUUUCUUGGAGAUAAAAAAAAAUAAAAAUUAACUUUUAUCAUUAAAUUCAUAAAUAUCGGUCUGUCGUUCGUAUCUAAAAAAAGGAGGUGUCAAAAAACAGACGAAAGUUAAUCAAAACUUGACAAAAAGAAAAAAAUUGAGACGAGCAGGCAGGCACAAGGCAACCAAAACCAAACUCAAUGCCACUGAAGUACAAAGAUAGCAUGAUCUGUCAUUGUCAGAAGUCAUGACGCCUUCACUAAGUGCAUGAAGACACUCUGCAAGCGCUUGCUUAAAUCACCCAACAUAACGGCACUGGUAGAAUUUAAUUGCAGACACACGAAAUGGACUACCCAGUGAAAUAAAGUUUUAUUGGAACGGUCCUGACUGCAUGAGUUGUUAUUGGCAUGCUCUUCGAAGUAAUAUUUUUUUGAUGUCGAAAAGAAACUUUGGCGUUGGGAGCGUUAUGGAAACUGGAAAGGCUCAGAUUUGUUUCGUUCCCCCAGAAAUUAACACGGUAAAUUAUAAUGAAACCACCGCCAUAGCCAAAUGAGUUGGUAUGUGAUUACCAUUCGGAAUGUGGGGCUCGCAUCACCGUGCGUAAAACACCAAAAAGUGGAAAAAGUUUUUUUCUAAUAGCGGUUGCCACUCGCAGGUAAUACAGAACCCCCAAGUUUAUUUCUACCAUGAAAAACUAUUUGCAAUUCUCAUAAAAAACCACCAACCAUUCGGAUGACGCGCAAAAUUGUAGGUUCCUCCAUUUGUGGAAAAACAUCAUACCACAAAUAGGAGGGGUAGUGCAGCCAAACACCAAGUAAGAAAAGAUGUUGGCGCCAAUUUCUAAUAAAAUGUGAGAAGAUGCUCUCAUCACUUUUAUGUAUGGAAAAAUGUGCGAUAACUCCGCAGGGAGACGCACCAAUUAAUAUCUUACGGACAUGGGGACAGUGGUGUAGUGAGAACCUCACCUGGUUCCAGCUUGUAUAUAGACCCGAUCUGAGCGCAGUAUCUAUUUGUGAUCACAAACCUUGAAAUAACCCUGUGCGGUUAUGGAGCUCAAAUUGAAAACUAAGCUCAAAUUGGUAGGAAAAUAUUGUACUUCCAAGCUUAGUAAAUUUGAUGCCAAAAAGAAUAUUUGAACUGAUUAAAAAAAGAAAAUAAUAAUAAAUAAAAUGGAAAAUCAAUAAAUUCUUAUAUGUGUACAAUAUUUUUGUUGCCAUUGCUCAGUGCGCUUAAACGAAUAUUUCUUCUGUUACACCAUGAGACAAAAAUCAACUUUUUUUGUUCGCCAGGGAAUAUAGAUAUUAUACAUUGAUGCUGCACACUUACUUUAAAAUUUUCUUAUAAAUUAAAUUUUUAAAGAGCUUUAAAGUUUUGAGUGGAAAGAGAGAUAUCUCUUGCGUAUAUUUCAUUUCAUAGUGUUCAGCUAUUUUACGUUUUUAUAAGGGUUUAGGGGUAGUCAAAGGCCCGAAAAAUGAUAAUCGACUUGACUUAAGCAAAAUUAAAAAAAAAAUUAGUAAUUGGAAAAGUUAUCGCUGCUUGUGUGGAGCCCCUUUCUCCCUUGCGGUGAUCAUCAGAAGUCCUUGGAGAUUCAUAUAAAAUCAAUCGGACUAGAGAAAUUAGUUUUAUUAAUAGAUAAUGUUGUGCCUGAUCGAACUAACAAUACGGCGGUCCAGGAAAUAUUUUUCAGAUUUUCGAGAAAAAAACCGACCAUUAAUUUUUGAAAAAGAAGAAAUCUUUCGGUCAGGCACGAGAGUUUUAUGUUUUUCGAAAGCAGUAUAAAUUUUAUUGAAAUGUACUAAGCGGUUUUUAAGUUACAGUGAUCACCAGUUCAAAAAACAUAGUUUCGAGAAAAGUGCAUUUAAAGUUUUGCUAUCGAUUACCAGAGCGCCCUUUUUUAAUUGUUAAAUAACUCAAAAAGUAUUUGUACAUUGUCAUACAAUAUUUUUAAGACAUUAUACUUUAAGAAAAUGCAAAAAAAAGUCAAUUUUUUCUGACUACCCCGUACCCCAUAAAACGGUAUAUAUUACAACAAAUAUUAUAUAUAACUUGAAUACUUUUUUUUUUGCUUUUUUUCAAAUAAUUCAUUAUAUAUUUCCUAAAGUAGCAGCAGGCUAAUCGCCUACCCUGUCAGAAAUCAAAAUAGAUUAAGGAAACCAACGCAAGACUGAGUCUUGUCGAGACCCUUUGUUCCCGAGAGGAGUGAACAAGGAAAAUAAAAAAUAUUUCCUGAAGCACCAAUGUAGUACUGUUUUGGUGGAAAAUAAACUUUCUUUCUAAAAUUAAUUGAGGCAAUUCCGUUCAGAUAUCGUUCAAAUAUCGUGAAACCAAUAACCUUUCCACACCGUUGUGCUAAAUCCUUUCAUAAAAUUUAUAAUAACCUCCUCCUUUUGAUAUCCAUAGUAAUAUCGUAAAGUUAUUAUAAGUAUUUAAAACUACGUUUUGAAAAUUAAGUCCUUUGAACCUUUAACGUCAUUUAAAAGUUUUAUUAAUGAGAAAAUGAAAAACUGAGCAUGCAGCAUUACCAUGUAAAAUCUGUAGUUUUAUGUGCAUAUAUUGUAAAAUUUAUUCUGGAUUUCUGAUUCAUUGCAUUAAUUUAAAUAUCGUUUCACCAUAUCAAAUUGUUUGAAGACAGUAAUGCGUUUAAACGAGUAUGUGCCACUGUAUAGUUGAAACUUAAUGGGAACACUUUGUGUCCUCUCUACUUAAUAACUUUUUAUUUUUUAUUGAACAUAAAUAAUUACUUAAGAAAGCAAAGCUGUGUGUACGUUAACUAUAAUUAGUGAGUACUAACUACUUAAUUUGUAAUGUAAAACGAAAGAAUGCCACGAGUGAUUUACUAAUUACAUACCUAUGUACAUAAGCAACUAUUUGCGAAGAAAAAAUGUUGAGCAAAUUUAGUGCUUUGAAAGCCUGCGAGUACUAGCGAGUCUAUCGCUGUUAAUGUCAUUGUGAUGUACUGUACUUAUCAGCUUGGGAACAAUAAUUGAAACAAAGAAAUCGAACAUUGAAAAUUGUUUAUUAGAGAUGCUAAAAAUAUUUUCAGAUAAAUAAUUAACAAUCAAAAAGAAAUCACAUGUUAUUAGAAAAUAUAUAUAUACAUAAAAUACACAUUUUAAAAUAUACUAAAUAAUGUUGUUAUUGCAAUUAAAACUCACCUAGUAUUAGCUAAUAAAAAUUUAGAGAGAUUUAACAUGACAA